UACAUUCGGACGGACCUCCGCUCGUUCCAGGGCUUUUCGCUGAGCUUUUGUUUGUGACACCGAGAACUGUUACCUGAAGGCCUAAGCAUUGACGGACCUGCGAUGAACUCCGGUCAUAUGCAGAUGGGUAUCAUCGCGAGAGAACUUGUAGCUCAGGAGCAGCGCGAAAAGGAAUGGAAGGAGACGCACAUUGAAGGGAAAGCGGAAGAAGUUCGGACCGCAGACCAGCAGCAUGAUUUGAAGAUCACCGUCUGCAACUCGUGUGGGCACAGGGGGAAAGCGCCUCCUAGUCCUCCUCCCCAACCCGCCGUGUCACCGUCUCAGAAAGAUGGACUCCUGCUGCAUCCGAUGAUAAAAGUCAAAGGGAAGACCAUACCGUUCACGAAAUCGACUUGGGUUUCGGAAAUGGUGAAGUCGCUUGAGGAUAGACGAGGGAGCGAUCAGUCUUCAAGCAGUUCAGAGGAGAGCCUUCCGAAGCUAACUUCUGUAGUAUUGUCUAAUCACCCGUGUAGGACUCAGGAGUCGGCCGCUGGUCUGAAGAGAUGCAUCUCGAACAGCAAGUCGAUGGAGAACUUGAGCUCUAAAUUCAGGUGAACUCUGUGGCUGAGUGUCUAGGUGAUCGACGAGAACCUUCAUCUUGAUAAGAAUGUCCACCUGUCAGCCCCAUGGAUUGGCUCCCGAUAAAUUAACUGGAAUUCU